AUGUCAGGAGGUGGCAGCGGUCAGAGACCAUCGCGAUUGUCUCGUGUCGAUUUGGGCUGCGACGAUUCAGAACAGCCUGGUCCAAGCAACCCAAGACCACCACCCCACCACCAUCGCUCCCAAGGUCCACGCCCCCUUCGAAGCUUCCACGACCCCGAUUCGGGCUCCUCCUCCUACGCCCCUCCUCAUCCAUCUCCUCCUCAUCCAUCUCCUCCAUCUCGGCUUCCACACCGAGACUCGCAGCCACGAGUAUCGACACCGUCACCAGAACCAGACAAAGAUGUCCUCGCCUACAUCCGUGCUCAAAAGCAAGAUGCUAUCGCCGCCAUCGCUGCAGAGGAGCAGCAACUAGCAGAGCGGCUCAAACGGGAAAAGUUCCAGCAUGGCGCAGGGAAAGUCAAAUCACGCGUGCAAAAGGAACGAGAAGCAGAAGAAAGAAAGAAAAAACAGGCGGAACAAGAUGCUGCGAGAGCUUAUAACGAAUUCCUUGCUGCUAUGCAGGGCGAUGUGGCCGAUCUCGCCGUCUCUAGUCAUCGCCAAGAUGGAGAACAACGGCCUAGAAAGCCAGCAUCGGCAUUCCUCGCGGCUGGUGGGAAAGCGUAUGUCGGAUCACGAGCCAAACUAGCUCCACCACCACCCUCUGCUUCGCUCGAAGCAUCUUGGAAGAAUGCUAACAGCAAAAAGGAAACCUCACCAUCAACAAAACGAGCCAGCACAGCAUUCCGCCAAGACCAAGACCAAGACCAAGACCAAGACCAAGACAGCCCCGAAGAAACCGCUUCUCACCAAUCCACACCUCGGAUGGAAGCUACAAAACCACCACGCAAACGACAAGCAAUGACCUCCUUCCUCUCCGAACUCCAAUCUUGCCAAGCCGAACGCGAAUCUCGACUGUCCAUGCUGGCUUCGACCACCAACACCUCCAUCUCUACCCUUCUCGCACACGAGACGCUCGCCAAACCUGGUUCUCGCGAUCUCGUCUCCGACCCACUCACCACUAAUAUCUGCAUUGUCUCGCUGCCACCGAACGUCGAUGAGAGGCAGGUAGCAGAGUUUUUCCGAGAAUGGGGAGAUGUGGCGACCGUCAAGAUCAUGUGGCCUAGGGGGGAACAAGCGGGGAGGGAUAGAAUGGGCCGCUUGACCGGCUUUGUCGCGUAUAUGACUAGAGGCGAGGCGGAGAGGGGGUUCAGGGAGGCAGAUGGCGCGGUUUGGGGUGGGACUAGGUUGAAGCUGAGUUGGGGGAAGAGUAUGCCCUUGCCACAAAGGGCCAUGUAUCCCAUGCAGAGGAGGAGGGAGAUGAUGGCCGAGGAGAAAGCGGGUGAAAGCGGUGGGAAGGCAGUUGUGCCCAAGCUGGUCGUUCGGCAUCGAAGGGUGAAGAAAGAGGCCGAGAGGGAGAGAGUCAAGCGGAGAGUGGAAGAGAUCGGAGGAGAGACGCAAAGAUUGUUCAUCGAAACGCUUGCUUCGAGGGUCAAGAGUAACGGCGGGCGCAACUUUGAAGGCAUACUGCGGGAGAGGGAGAGGGAUAAUUCCAAAUUCAGCUUUCUCUUUGAUGACAAGUCACCGCUAUACCAUCACUUUCGGAUGUGCUUGGAUCCGCACUAUACCCCAUUACCCACCUCAUCACCAGAAGAGGAGCGCGAGUUCAACGAUGAAGGCAGCGACGAACUCUAUUCCACCGAUUCCGGGGAAGAAUCUGAAUCCAACCAUCUUGGCCACUCGACGUUCCCCUCAUCCUCCUCUACCCCACUUGGUCCCCUCGCGCGUCGUCGUCUCAUCUGCAUGCUCCGCUCCCUCACCCUUCGCCGAGACCGCAUAGCCAGAAUCACCUCGUUCGCCAUCGACCACUCCUCCUCCUACCCCACUGUCGUCUCCAUCCUCACAUCCUCUUUACUUCGACCCACAACCCCGAUCCCACGCAAGCUCGCCCGACUCUACGCGCUCAGUGAUAUUCUGCACAAUUCCGGAACACCAAUCUCGAAUGCUUGGAGGUACAGAGCAGCAUUAGAGGCUCAGUUGCCGUUGAUCUUUGCACACAUGGGUCAAGUAGUGAAGAGCUUUGCUGGCAGAAUCAGGAGGGAGGAGUUCCGGGCAAAGCUCUUGGAUGUACUGCAAGUUUGGGAGGGGUGGAUCGUUGUUUCUCCGCACGUACUGGAAAGGUUGAGGAAGGUGUUUGAUCAACCGCCUGUUACUUGGAAGCCAGCAGGAUAUGGGAAAGUGGUGGAAGAGGAGGACACCACCUCCGCACAUCCAACGACCGAAGCUCAGGAGGAGGACUUGGACGGCCAAGAGAUGGCCGACCUUGCUGUACCUUGA